UAUGUCUGUAUACUUUUAUAUUCCAAAUCUAAUUGGAUAUGCAAGAGUUAUAUGUGCUCUUGUCUUUUGUUAUACAGGAAGCUUUAAUCCAAUUAUCUCUGCUAUUGUCUACUCAGUGAGUUAAUUAGGAGAUCUUUUUGAUGGAAUGGCUGCCAGAAAAUUCAAUUAAUGUAGUGUUUUCGGAAGUGUCUUAGAUAUGGUAAUUAAUAUAAUUAAUAUCUAUAGGUAACUGAUAGAUUCUCCAAUGCUUGUUUAUUGGCAGUACUCUAUAAAUUAUAUCCAACUAUUGGAUUUUUGUUUUUGUGGGCAUUAGCUUUGGAUUUAUGUAGUCAUUGGUAUUAGAUGUACUCUACUUUAUAUUGCAAUGAAAAACAUCACAAAACAGCAGUCUCUAAAUAUAAAAUACUAGAGAUAUAUUACAAAGUUCCAUAUAUGUUAUUUAUCAUGGUUUUAUUGAGUGAAGUAAUUAUAAUUCAUAUUUAUAAUUAUAGACAGCAAUGGUUACUUUAUAUCUGAAUGUAUUUAUUGAUUGGUUUGUAAUUUAAAUACUAAUGUACGUUUCAGUUCCAUUUUUAUGUUUAAAACAUGUAAGAUAUUUUAUCAUUAUUAAUUAGUAUAUUAAUUUUAUUCAAUUGAUUAGUGCAUCAGAUAAAAUUAUUGAAAAAGAAUAGAACAAAUUUUGA